AUGGAUUCUGGAGGCAGAUCCUGGAAAUAUAAUCCCACUGCAGGAUUAUCCUCCCAUCCUCUCCCCCAGCGGUGCUCCGUCCUCACAGCAUCUCCAUCACAGAGCAGGAGCUGGAGAAGCUCUGCUCCUCCAGGAGCCACAGGGAGGAAGAAAAAAAAUCCUGCAGGCUGGAAAAUUCUCCACCCAAUAAGGGAGGAGGCUGGUUUCCUCAGGGAGGAGAUCAGAACCAGGAGAGCCGGACACAAACAACAGUUUAAUCCCCGCAGAUGCUCCAAGUUCAGCGCGCAGAGGAGAGGAGCAGCCUGGGCUCCACGGGGCGGAGGAAGCCGGAGGAGAGAGCUGCUUCCCGGCAGCAGGAGGGAAGCAUCGUCCCGCUGCAGACAGAGAACCGGACCUGCAGCUCCGGGAUCCGGAGCGGAGGUUCUGAUCCAGCGCAGACUGAUGAGGAGCUGCUGGUCUCAGUCUGACGGGGACGCGCAUUCAGAGGCACGCCUGCGCAGACAUCCGGUGGCGCCCUGUACUCGUUGGCCUCCCUGCACACUCGUUGGAUCAUUAUCUAGAGGAGUAUUUGAGCAGUUGGCUGUCACUACCUUGGGGCCCGAGUGUUUGUCAGUUUUGGGAAGACUUCCUGUUUUACUGGAUACCUGGACCUUCUCCCCCUGGAAGGAAAUACCGAGUUCAUACUGAGGAGGGGAAAACCUCCACAUGAUCCCUUCAAGUUCCAAUCGGAAAUCCGAGUGACAGUCCGCUCCAUUACUCCUCUGGGUCCAACGCUUGUCUACCUGUCCAUCCUCCAAUGCGUGCACCAUUCUCUGGAUUUCCCCACACAGACUGGGUUCAAGGACUGACAAGGCCCCCCUCAAACUUCUGGUUCACCAGCUCACUGAGUACCAGAUCCAACACCUGUACGCCACCUCAAUAAACCUGUUAACCUUU